AAGUGUGGCUAUUCAACAGAGAUUUCAGCUUUUCAAGUGAGUUGGAGUUGAUUUGUUCCCUUGGAAACUGCUAGUUGGUGGUGGUCAGAAGUCUCAAAAUAGACAUAGGCAAGGAAGGUUCUUGCUGAGACUCACCCCAAGAAAACCCCAAAGGAGCACGCUGAGGACUGAUUUCAGGAUGAAGCUGCGAGGGCGACGAAGUGCGUUUAACACCAACAAAUGCUGCCCUGUGGCCAGCAGAUGCAGGAGGAGUCUUCUCCCAAGUACUGCAGCCCCUGAGCUGAGAAUCUGGCUCCUAAGAGGGCAACUUCCUCUCCUGCUGCUGUGCUCAAGUCUGCAGAGACCCACGGUCGCAGUUAAAAUUGACUUUGACUUGGCACCAAGUUCCUUCGAUGAUCAGUACCAAGGCUGCAGCCAACAAGUCAUGGAGGACCUGAUUCAAGGGGAUUAUUUUACAAAAGAAGUAGAAUCUCAUAGGAGUUACCCCAGGGUCUGGCAACGUGCACACUUAAGCUGGCUGACACAAGGAAAAGCUCUCCCUGAGGACAUGACUAUCACACAUGCUGUGGCCAUCUUGGUUUACUCAUCGAACGACAGUGUCCGUUCAGACUUCUCCAGAGCCAUGGCCAGUGCUGCUGGGUCUCCCCAGCAAUAUAAACAUUCAUUCCAUUUCAAAUACCUACACUACUACCUGACCACGGCAAUCCAGCUGCUGAGGAAAGACACUGUCACGAGGAAUGAACCUCUGUGUUAUGAGGUGCACCAUGAGGUGAAGGGCGUUUACUUGGAAGCCCCCAUGGGUGCCACCAUUCGCUUUGGCCAAUUCCUCUCCACCUCUCUCCUGAGAGAAGAGGUACAGAAGUUUGGGGACCAAACUCUAUUUACCAUAUUGACCUGCCUGGGAGCACCUGUACAAGACUUCUCUCUCAAGAAGGAGGUCCUGGUCCCUCCCUACGAGCUGUUUGAAGUUGUAAAUACGAGCUACCACCCAAGAGGAAAUUGGUUGCAAUUGCAGUCAGCUGGGACCCAGAGCACGUAUAACUGUCAGCUGCUAAAAGCUUCCAGCAAAAAGUGCAUCCCUACUCCCGUAGUUUUUGCUUCUCUCUCAUUUUUGACCUGUGUCAUCAUCUCUUCCAAAAGUAGAGCAUAA